AUGCAUAAAAGACGGAUUCGACCUGGUUUUACCUUGGUCGAGCUCUUAGUCGUGAUCGCCAUCAUUGGCGUCUUGAUUGCCCUGUUGUUACCAGCGGUUCAGCAAGCUCGCGAGGCGGCUCGGCGUAGUGAGUGCUCGAACAACUUGAAGCAGAUCGGCCUUGCCGCGCACAUGUUCCACGACACCUACACGAAGAUGCCGCCGCUGGUGAACUGCCAGCAAGGAUACAGCGUGUGGGUUCACCUGAUGCCGUUCGACACGAUCUUCGAGAACUUCACGCAACAAGAGAAAGAAGGGAUCAGUUCGAUCUCGUAUAUGACUUGCCCUUCGCGUCGCAGUGGCGUGCAGAUGAAAGGGGAUGGCGGUCAGCAAGGGCCUUGGAGCGACUAUAGCGCCGUCGGCUACGACUCUUCGAACCCUGUCUUCAACUUCUAUUACAACCCCAACGACAGCUCGCACGUUAACGAAACGAUGAGCAUGCUUCGCGUCGGUAUUCCCGUCAAUGGCGGCGACAAUAACCCAUGUGGCGAUGCUCGUCCGCGCGAUUCGUUCUCGCGUGUCACCGACGGCCUGAGCAACACGCUCAUGUUCGGCGAGAAGGGUAUCGGCAAAGAUCAACUUGGUGUUUGCUGUGGCGAAACCGGGGCCGACGGUUCGUUUCUGUAUACCUCCGACAGCUGGCGUGAGUUUGCUGUGGCAAGUUCGAUUCGUCUUCGCUUGGGACGCGGACCGAACGACAACGCACGACCAGACAGUGGACAGGGGCACGGCAGUUGGCACCCUGGCAUCACCCAGUUUGUGCUUGGCGAUGGUUCGGUGCGACCGAUCUCGACAAACAUCUCGCAAAGCACGCUCGAGAACCUGGGCAACGCGAUGGAUGGCAAUGUCAUUGGCGAAUUUUAA